ACAACUGCGUCACAUUAAUCGGACAUCGUUUCACAAUGCUGCCGCUGAUACGAGCACCAACGAAGCCCUCAAUGUGCACCAAGGUGUGUGUAUGUGCACGCCCCUUCGAGAGCGCGCGCGCACGUGCCUUUAGUUGACUCGAGCAGUGUUCGGUGCAGGAGAUCACAACUUGCCGGCGUCGGAAUUGCUCGCGUGGUCGCUGGAGCUCGACCCGCCGAAGGAUGCUGACCCACAAGCUCGCAGAGUCAAAAAUCCGGCGCUGAAAACCCUAAUCUUCGAACUUUGAUUGCUUUCAUAUGUUUUUGCAGACUUUGAUAUAUGACGUUUUUGCCAUCGCAGUUAAGUUUUGCUUUCCAACCAUGUUUAGUUUAAGAGUCAGCAGUGCCCUUCUCUUGUGCGCCUUCAUCCGGUUGUUCUCCGGGAUCGGCGGACAGGUGCCGAAUUGCCAGGAGGUCCGCGCUGUGUUUCACACUCUGCACCCGGGAUCCAAGUGGGUCCCCGAAACCGCCGUCUCAGGUGCCGACCUGCAGGUUUGCCAAACCAAAGGCCCCGCCUGCUGUUCUAAAAAGAUGGAGGAGCGCUAUCAGUUUGCCGCUCGCAGCAACAUGGAGUCCGGCCUGCAAGAUGUCAGUGCUCAACUCAAGCGUAUUAUCAUCCAGAAUGCUGCCAUUUUCCAAGAGGCUUUUGACUUGGUGCUGCGCCAUGGUCGAAAUGCUACACUGGCUAUGCUGAAGUCUGAGUUCCCCGCUCUCGGAAGUGGAGCCCAGAGCUCAGUCGGACAGCUCUUCCUGGACAUGUCGCUCUACAUCCUGGGCUCGGACUCCACGGUGGAUCACAUGGUGGCGGUGCUCUAUGGCCGUCUUUUCCACAUGACAUAUCGUCGCCUGCUUGGGGGCAGCGGGUCUUUGUCCGAGGAGUGCGUCAAAGAGGCCUGGAAGGACUCGGCAGCCUUUGGCCCUUAUCCCAAACUCAUGAUGACCCGUCUCUCCCGCUCCCUUCUUGCAACGCGAGUUUUUCUUCAGGCGUUGAACCUGGGCAUCGAGGUUGUUAAUACCACGGACCACCUGCGACCCGGUCGGGACUGUAGCCGAGCCUUGAUGAGACUGUGGUACUGUCCGCACUGCCAGGGCUUGCUUGGGCCGCCAGUCUGCAGAGGAUUCUGUCAAGCGGUUAUGCACGGCUGCCUGGGGGGAGCGGUCGAGGUGCAGCCUCAUUGGAAGACCUACGUGGAUGGCUUGGGGAAGUUGGCGGCGGCCAUGAGCGGCGAGCAGGACAUGGAGGCGGUUGUCCUCAGACUUCCGGCCAUGAUCAAACUGGCACUCAAGAAUGCAGUAAAUACACGCGGCCGUCUCAGUAGUGUGGUGAGCGGCAUGUGCGGACAAUCUCAACAGCGGACCGCCCGCUCUGUCGUAUCUCCUCCUUUCCAGCAUCCCGCUGCCUCUGUGGCCCGCAACACUCAGCCAUCGCCCUCGGAUCCUGACGAGACCUUAGCGGGGCUCCGGAGGGAGUUUAUUUCUAAUCUGAGAGAAUUCAGCUCCUUCUACAGUGGUCUCGGGGAGUCUCUGUGCAGCCGAGAGCCUCCCCCAGCAAACCACUCUCUCUGCUGGAACGGCCAAGAAAUGACAGACAGGGUUUCGGGGCCCAACCUGAAGCGCUCACACUCAGGUUCUGAAUCCCGAAACAACAAGCCCCUCGAGCCAGUCAUCAGUCAGAUGAUAGACAAACUCAAGCACAUCAACCAGUUGCUGCGCCAUGUAACGGUAUCUGAAAAACGCUGGAGGGCCCGGACGCGCACAAGUGGGGUGGUCGGGUGGAGCGAUGAAGGCGACGAGGGAUUCCAAAGCGGCGACUGUGAUGAUGAGGACGAGUGCACUGGCAUGUCGGGCCUGGGACCACCACCACGACGCAAACGUUUACGCGUCUUUGCAGACCUCGCCGACAACCUGGCAAUGGAUGACUUCACCUUCCAGGAGCAGCUUCUGACACCUCGGUUGGCCACAGCUGGAGUUGGACACAUCCCUUCGCCUGGGACCGCCCUGGAGAGCGUCUACCUGGUCCUGAUGGUCUCUGUCGGUCUGUGUUUCCUACUUCUGUGUCACCACUGACCAUCUGCCCUGUGCACUCACUUGCACACACUACAAACUCUGUCGAACAAAAGAAACUCUUUUUAACAUUGUUUCAGAGACGUGGUUCCGAAAAAGACUGAACAAAGCAUGAGCAUCAGACAAUGCUCAAUUCUCUUGUUAUGAAAGCACAACUGAGAAACUUUUACUAUUAUGUAAGUAAGGAACCCAUUCUCUCUGCAUCUCCCAUUAUUAACAAAUGAGAGUGUUGCAGCAUCUCCACUCUGAUUCUGACAUCCAAGUCACCGCUUAGUACUGAGCACUGUCACUGACCGGCAAGUGGAAAUGGGAGGCAUGUGGACUUUUUUUUUCUCAAAUGCUCCCUGUCCUUGCCUGCACUGAAUUACUGCCUUGCAAGCACUAGACCCAUGGAAAUAAAUCUCCUCCUUGCCUUGAUAGGUAAAAACCCACACAAUCACCCAAUGCCACAAAAAUGUUUCAUGUAGUUCUCUGGUGUUGUUAUGUCCUAGACAUAGCCAAAUAAUUUCAGACUGGUUGCUCUUGUCGGUCCAUUACAAAGGUAGUCAAGGCCUGAGCGUAUAUGUACAGUAUGUGUCCGGCUACAAACUGUACUGUGUAAGUUUUUCUGUGUUGGUUCUAUGCUUACAAAAUAUGAACAUUUUCAAUAUUAACAAAUUUUAUCAACUUCUGGAAAAUAUAUUACCGUAUUUCACAAGGUGUCAAGCUGGAAUUGUAUAGAAAUAUUUACAUGGGAAAUUUAGCUUUUUUUUUUUUUAAAUGACUGUGUGUUUGCCCGCAGUUUACAGUAUACAGUAUCUACUUGGAUGUUUGAAGAUGGCUUGGUGUUCUUGAUAGCAUGUCCCCAUUUAAUUUUGAUGACAAUUCACACAUUGACAAUUUUAAACACAUCUGUUUAGACACGCCUAUUCACUCAGACCAUAAAGCCAUUAUUUUUAUUUAGUUAUUUGUGUUGUAUUUUUUCUCAUUUUAUUUAAUGUUGUUUUUAACAUUGUAUUCGUGAUUUUAACUGCUUGUUGUAAGGUGUCCUUGAGUUUCUAGAAAGGCGCCCACAAAUAAAAUGUAUUAUUAUUAUUAUUAUUAUAAUUUUGUAAAUAAUUACGACCAUUUAAAAUACCCUGUUGUUUAACAAAGGCGAACAUUCAAAUUUUGUCAAAUUUGAGAAGCUACAUGUACUGUGCACUGGCCCUUUAAGAGAUUGAUGUGUUUCCUGCUACACUGAAGGCCAGAGAUGUCAACACAUCAUUACAGUACAUUUGCCUUGAGUGCUGAAUCGCACCAAACCAAUGUAUGUAUUUUUCUAUUGUUUUUAUGAGUGUUUACAGGUACCCAUGUGUAUCAUACUGUUACUGCGAUGAUGAACAUUAAUAUUCAAUAUUUCUGUGUGUCUUUAGAUGUAGAUGUGAUGUGUGUGUUUUCUGAGGAAAGAGCAGUGACGUUUACAUGUAACUGAUUUUGAUCCGUUUUAUUUUCAGUGAUUCAUGUCAAUUUGACAUUGGCAAUCACAAAAAACGAUUUGUUAUUUAUUAUUUAUUCAUAGUAUUAGCUUCAAAGUCAUCAAUAUAAAAAUAUGCUGGCCAAAUACAAUUGAAGGAAUUGUUCAGUCUCCCUUGUGAAAUGUAACCCCAUGAGCUCUGACUUUGACUGUAAAAUCCAAGCUACACAUGAAUGAGGAAUCUUUUCCAAUCGCUCCACUUUUUCACAGCUAAUAUGGUGGCGACGCCAAGGUAUGAUUCAGCUAUCAAUGCGGUGUUUGUGGGCUCUAUUUUCGUAGACAACACAAAUGUGCUUGGGUGUAUAAGCUGCUGAAUAUUUCAUUCCAUGUACACCUAGUUUAGCGUGUUUGGAAAUUUGGCAGACUAUGGUGUAUCAAUCUGGGCAUUCUGGCGGACCGAGGGCGUUUUCUCUUACAUGCCCUCGGUGCACCUGAUAAUUUGGUGGCUGAAAGCUAGACUAAACUUUAGACAAGCUGGAAGCAGGUCACACAUGGACGCUGGUUGGAAGGCGCUCUCAAAGUGCCCAUUUCACACGGGUGAUCACCCUGGCAUACUUGACAUCAUCCAGCGGUGGGGGUCUAAUUGCAGUUCCAUAUAAACAUACUUUUCAUGCUUCGAUCUUUUGCAUUGCCUCCAGGGGGGCUAUUUCUGCUUGUACCAUGACAAAGACAGAGCACUUCUCCCACACUGAUUUUAAAUGGAAUGAGAGGCGACGUUUUUAUUGGGCGCAACUCAAGUCAGCUUUGUUCACGGGGUUCACGCCCACAACGGCGCAAAUCCCAAUUUCCGAUUGUUCUAGUCGACAAAAAUACAAGAAGAAAAAAAACCCUUCCCAUGCACACAAUCGAAGCUGCUUUGCAUUAGACUUGGCUGGGCAAGAAAAUAUAGCCCUGUCUGUAUGUCUAUGGUGAAGGCAAGGAACAUCAUUGAUGUCAGCAGAACUGUAGUGGAGUUUCCUGCCAAUGUCAGCACUAGGCAACAAAAUGUUUGUGUAACAGUCAUUGCAAUUCAUUUUCACUUGCAGGAGCUUUUGUAUGCACUUUUGAAAUGUUUAUGUUGUAUCUAGAAAUAUUUUUAUUUGAAUGUUUGUUUGUUUUUUUCCUCAAUGAAAGCGUUGCUUUCAUUUAUUUUGGUUAUUAAAUCUGUAAUGCCGCUGCCUCCAACCAUAUAGUGUGAAGGCUUGCACUAUAACGUUGCUGCCACCAAAAUGACUUUCCGUGUUGACGAGACUGGGCUCCAAUUGAAAAUUGCAACAGUAUUGUGAACAUGUCAUGAGCAAAUGUGUCCAAACGAAUGGUUUCUAUUCUUCUCAAUUUCCCAAUGCCGAUUGGGAAAAGUGACAUUUAAUCUCAAUGAAUGUAUUUAAAAUGACAGCUAAAUGUAUGUCUAAUGUGAAUAAAUACCCAUUGAUCAUUCUA